AUGUAAACAUUAUAGAAUAGAUUCUAAUACCUUGAAAAAGAUUUGUUAGGUCGUGGCUCAUUUGGUAGAGUUUACAAAGGGAAAGACACUAAAAGUGGAGAAGCUGUAGCUAUAAAAAUUAUGGAUAUGACUUUGUUUGAUGAUUAGUUUAUGAUUGAUGCUUUGCAUAAGGAAAUAGAAAUCAUGAAAUAACUUUAACAUCCAAAUAUUGUCAAACUUAUUGAAACAUUUGGUGAUGCAAAAUAGACAGUAUUGAUUAUUGAACUUUGCGAUGGUGGUGACUUAAGACACUUUCUGAGUAGACAUGGAGGAAUGCUUGAAGAGGCAUUAGCUUAAUCAGUGAUGCAAUAAUUGAUGCUUGGAUUCUAGGAGAUGAUAAAAGGGGGGUAUAUCCAUAGAGACAUCAAGCCAGAGAAUUCCCUUAUUCACAAGAAUGUUCAUAAGGUUGCUGACUUCGGAUUUGCUACCAAAGCUGAUAUUACAGGGAGACAACUAAUAAGAGAUUGUGUUGGAACUCCAAUUUACAUGGCACCCUAACUCCUUCAAAAUACUGCAUACACUGCAAAAUGUGACAUUUGGUCUAUUGGAGUGAUGGCUUAUGAGAUGCUCUAUGGUAGAUAGCCUUGGCCUUGCAGAGAUAUCAACUCAUAUCUGUUAAAUAUUAAAUCUUCUCCAUUAAAGUUCCCAAUUGAAAAAAAAGUUUCAGAAUAAUUCAAAGAUUUCAUAAAAAAGUGUUUAACUGUUGAUGAGAAUUAAAGAGUGGGUUGGAAUGAGGUUUUCAAACAUGAAGUGCUUAAGAUUUCAUAAGAAGAUAGAAAAUAUGAUAACUUCUAAGUCGAUGAAGUUUCCAAACAAAUCUUAGCCAAUAUCUAAAAGAUUAUCUAAGCUAAGAACUUAAAUGUUGAGUAACAAUUCAAGACAUUUGAUUAAGAUAAAGGUGGAUAUUUAGAUUUAAAUGAAUUUAAUAAUUUUAUUCAAGCGUUAGACCCAAGAGUAACAAACAAAGAGUCGGAACAUUUAUUUAAAUUGGUAGACAAAAGUGGUGAUCAAAAAGUAAGCAUUGAUGAGUUUAAAAAAUUGUUUUGUGAUUAUGAUUACUCUAAUUUGAAGGAUAUCGCUGAGAGACUUAUUGUUGAUCUAAAAGAAAUUAUCAAAGCUAAUAAUUUGAAAAUUGAGGAUAUUUUCAAGAAUUUUGAUAAAGAUAAACAAGGUGAUUUAGAUUUUGAUGAAUUCACUAAAUUGUGUCAUAUUGUUGCUCCAGCAUUGAAAAAUGAAGAGAUUUAAGUAGUAUUCACAAAAUUUGAUAAAAAUAAUGAUAAAAAAAUCAGCUUUGAGGAAUUCAAGAGAGAACUCUCAUAUGGAACUGACCAAGAUUCAUAAUUUAACCCAGCUAAAGAAAAAGCAAAUAAAAUACUUUCAGAAUUAGUGAGAAUUGUAAAAUAAAAUAAUUUAAAGGUUGAAUAAAUCUUCCAAAACUUUGAUAAAAAUAAGAAUUAAAAGCUAGAACUGGGUGAAUUUUAACAAUUAUGUAAAGUGAUGGAUAAUUCAUCAACACUUGAGGAAUCAAGUCUUGUUUUUAAGCUUGUUGACAAAAAUUAAGACAAUUUAGUAGACUUUUAAGAAUUUUCUGCAUUAUUCAAAUGA